UGCGCCACCGUGUCACCCCUGCAGUAGAUCCUUUAAAUCCUGAAAGUUGCAAGGUGGGGCCUCCAUAGCUCAGACUUGCCUUUCCAGCACAUCCUACAGAUGCUCAAUUGGACUGAGAUUUGAGGAAUUUGGAGUACAUGCCAGCACCUUGAACUCUUUGUCAUGUUCUUCAAACCAUUAUUUAACAAUUUUUGCAGUUCAUCAGGGAACACUAGCUUGCUGAAAGAUGCUACUGCCAUCAGGUAAUACUGUUGCAAUGAAGGGGUGUACAUGGCCUGCAACAAUCUUUAAGUAGGUGACACGUGUGAAAGUAACAUCUGUAUGUAUGCCAGGACCCAAAGUUUCCCAGCAGAAUAUUGCCCAGAGCAUCACACUGUCUGUGCUGGCUUACCUUCUUCCCAUAGUGCAUCCUGCUCCCAUUUCAGGUGCUAUGCACCCAAGCCAUUGCACAUGAUAUAAAAAAAAUGUGAUUCAUCUCACCAGGCCACCUUCUUCCUUUGCUCAUUGGCACAGUCCUGAUGCUCAAAUACACAUUGUAGGUACUUUUGGUUUCAGUGGUACUUUGGACAGGGGUCAGCAAGGGCAAUCUGACCUAUCUCUGGCUAUGAAGCUUCAUAUAUAGCAAGCUGUGAUGCAUUUUAUUUUCUGACACUUUCCUCUCAUAUCCAGCAUUCAUUUUUUUCACUAAUUUGUGCUACAGUAGCUCUUCUGUGGGACAAGCUCACCAUUGCUCCCCAUGUGCAUAAAUGAGCCUUGGGCUUCCAUGACCCUGUUUUCAGUUCACCAGUUGUCCUUUCAUGGACCACUUUUGGUAGGUACUAACCACUGCAUACCAGAAACAUCCCACAAGACCUGCCGUUUUGGAGAGCUCUGAUCCAGUGGUCUAGCCAUCACAGUUUGUCUCUUUCCGAAGUUGCUCAGAUCCUUAAGUCUGCCCAUUUGUUCUGCUUUUAACAUACUGUAUCACCUUCAAGAACUGACUGCUGUUGCCUAAUAUAUCUCACCCGUCGACAGGUGCCAUUGUAAUGAGGUAAUCAAUGUUAUUCACUUCCCCUGUCAGUGGUUUCAGUGUUGUGGCUGAUUGGUGCAUCUCCCCUUUAGUCUUUCUGCAUUAGGUCCUUCCUUCAUUGUCAUUUACUGUACCUUUCUUUGUCAUCCCAUAAUCCAUUUAUCCCCUUAGUAUUAGUGCCCUGGGUCACUCCUUCAUUGUAAUUUACCCUCCCUCAAUAACUCCUCUCCCAUAUGUCCCAGCUUUCUCCUGAUAUCUCUCAGAGCCCACCAUCCCCACACACCCAUAGCCCCAUUGCUGUUCACCCCUUCCACCCCUGACUUUCUUUGCCAUGUGUCACACCAUCCAAGCUCUAUGCCCUUUGUCAUUCUUUUCUUCCCCCUUCCUCCUCCCCCACUCCUCUUGUGUAAUCCAGUUUCAAGGCUUACAUUUCUGUUGUGGAUCCCCCCAUUCCAAUCACAUACUCCUUCUUUGUGAUACCCUCCUGUUUCAUAUUGCUCUGUCCCACUUUGUUACAGUUCCCUCCUUCUUUGUGACAAACACCAUGACUGUUAACACUCUGUGCUCUUCCAUUGAUACCCAGUGGGUACCAAGUGACUGAGCACAACAGUGACACUGUACGGAUGAGUGCUUUGUGAGGGGCUCUUUGCCAAGUUCUGCUUUUAUCAGAUUAGACUAAACCAUAAACAUGUGUUAAUUGCUUUAUGCUGCUCAUUCUAGAGCCAGAAAGUUUCUAGUCAUGGCAUGUUGACAAAUUACACAUCCCUUGUCCAGUGGGCCUCAUCAUCUUCAAGUGUAACCCGGACCAACUGACCAUGGCAUCUUCUCAAGAAACUCAGAAUGUCUUCCAGCCUUUAUCCUCUUGGAUAACUCGCAUAUCAGAUGCUAUGUCAUCCACUUUUCUCAACAUUGGUCAAGGAUUGGGUAAAGGAGAGCCCAACCAGAACACCUCAGUAGAUAAAGAAGAGGACUCCAAGACUGAAACUCAUGAUGACAGCAGUAUGAAAUCUAUAGACUCUGAGAUACCCAAAGAAGAUGAGCAUGGAGAAAAGGACAUUCUCAAUGACAGUUUGGACAGUACAUCAAAGGCAAAGUUUAAAUCAAAUGGACAUCAACGUACAUCCAGUGCAGGUAUAGACAAUAGUAGCACGUCUGGGGCAUCCAGUGACACUUGGUCAAUGCCUUCAAGCCUUCUGGAAGAACAACUUGACACCAUCCAUGAAGAUGGACAGGAGGACUCUGACUGCCAUAGCCUGUACCCAGAAGUUAAAAAUGUAAACAGCUAUGGGGAUGACGAAGAACUGUCCACAUCAUCAGAUAGCGAGGAGGAAGUGAUUAAGCAGUUUGAGAUCUCUGUGUCACGUUCUCAGAGUUUUCGCUCAGGGGUGAACGAGAAGGCCAUUCAAGCAGGCUCUGAGCGACGCCAAAAGUUUACCCGGCUGCUGUCCAAUCAAGAGGAGGGCAGCACAGAGGCCUCGGAGUGUGAAGAUGUCAAUGAUGGUAGCUGCAAUGAAGUACAGCCACAUUGUGAUGAAGACAGGAGGUCUCUGGGGUCACACUUGGCCUCGGACAUGGUGGCUACUGAAGGAGUUACAGAUGGAAGCCAGGAAAUGGAGACAGCCUUUGACAACCAGAGCAAAGACAUGACAGACGUGACUGACAGUUCCUCUGCCUGGAGUCCUGAGGACCAAGAGGCUGACAAUACACCAUCUGGACCUGCUGAUGUGCGACCACCCAUUUCCAAAUGUGGUGACCUCAUCAUUAUCCUGGACUACAAAGCAAGCAGUCAGAAGCUGCUCUUGACAGUGGUGCGGGCAGAGCAGAUCCCCGACAAGGACCGCAGUGGAGUGGACUCCUGGCAGGUGCAUGUUGUCCUACUGCCUGGCAAAAAGCAGCGGUACAAGACAGCUGUGCAGAGGGGCACAGUACCAGUCUUCAAUGAGACUUUCCGCUUCUCUAAACUUGAGGUGGAUGAGCUGCGCUCCUCCGCCCUGCGCUUUCGCCUCUAUGCCGUUAGUAAAAUAAGCCGUGAGAAGAUGAUGGGGGAGAAGCUGUUUCACCUAGGAGGUGUGAACCAGGGCUGUGAGAUGGAAGCCACGUUGGUUCUGGAGCCACGCAUCAAUUUAAGUAGUGGAGAUUCCCGGCCGAGCCUGGUGGCUAUUUCCCCAAGUGACAGCGCCUCUUCUACGCAGUCCCUGACACACGGCGGAGUGCCAGAGCUACUCGUUGGUCUGGCUUACAACCCCACUACGGGGCGAUUAUCUGUGGAAGUUAUCAAGGGCAGCCAUUUUAGAAAUCUUGCUAUCAACAGGCCACCUG